GACCCAGAAAAUGGCGGACGAAUUGAAUAGGUUUGGAAAUUGUGACUUCUCACCGAUCGUGGCGUGUGGUCGGUACGGAAGGCGGAGUUUGCCAACAGAGACGGGCGAUCACGGAGAGAUUAACUUUCCACGCCUUCAGAGUUCUACACCAAACAUACGACCAGGGAAAAAAUUCAGUUCUUUGACCAAUCACCAUAUCCAUGGUAACCAUAAUAUAAACACAAAGCUGGGACUUGGACGUCCAUCAGCGUUUGGCAGUCCUUCGUUUCCUUCACCGUUGGACCGUAUUAGGCCAGGGUGGCGAGACCGGGCUCGGCAGCUUGGUAUUGACUGCGAGCGAGAGGCAUCAUUUGAGGUCAAUCAAAGCUUCCCCAAAUCAACCAAGAGUCGGCUGUGUUUGGACGAUACUCUAGCCCAGCCAAAGUCCAGACCGAUGAAGUACUUCAGUAACAUCAUCAAUGAUGUCAGUUUCAGCCCAGGGUCGACCAACAAGGGGUCAUUCGGGUCAGACCCCAUGAAUGUGUCCAACACGAGUGACAACUGGAAGUUUUAUAACUCUGUCAGUAAUGGCCACACUUGUGCCAUUUACCCCUCAACAGUACGCAACCCUAACAAGGCCAUUUGUACCAUCGAUGCUAAAACAUCAGAGAUACUAGUAGCCAAUGAGAUUGCAUGUGAACUGUUUGGGUAUGAGAGGGAAGAUUUCAUUGGACGACAACUGAAGGAUAUGAUCAAGCUGAAGCCUAAGGAGCAGGCAACCAUUAUGGAAACACACCUUGACGAAGUGACUGGUGAAGUGGUCAGUCUUUCUGGCAAAGUGGUGGAUGCUGUAGACAGUAAUGGUAUCGUCCUACCAAUCUCAGUCUGGGUGAGAAAACUAGGCCAGGAACCUCGAUGUCUGGUUGUCAUGGAGCCAGUACAUCGUACUGUUGCCAUGGUGACUUUCAACUCAGAAGGUCAUAUACUGUCUUGUGAUGACCAGCUGGCAUAUCUCCAUGGUUACAUGUCUGCAGAGGAUGUAGAGGGACUAGACAUCCGAGAACUAAUUCCUUCCUUCACACUUCCUUGUCCCGGGAAACCCCUCUCAAAGGGUGUGAGGAAACAGCAAGCUACAGGUCGUACCAGGGAGGGCAGCUCUUUUCCUCUCAGUGUGUUUGUUAAACUGAGUGCCGAGGUGGAGAGAGACAAUGAAAUUGAAUCCCGUCCAGACCAUGAGGACGAUGGUGUGUAUCUGGGGAUUGUCUGGGUGUUCUCUGGAAUCAGCGGGCUGAUAACGAUCCUACCCUCAGGAAAAAUCCAUACAAUAAACGACAACUUUGCUCUACUACUCUUUGGCUACUCCCAGGCUCAACUCAUCGGCAAGGAUAUCACACAGCUGAUCCCAAACUUUGGUGACAUCGUGACAGAAGAGAAUAGCCUUUUCAUCCCGAACCACAGUGAUAUAACAUCAGGAGGGGACAACUCAUGUUCUCCUCGUGAACUCAUUGAUGAUAAACCUCAUGGUAAGUCUUCAUCAAAUCACUUCAAUCCCAGUUCUUUUACAGCAGUGAUGACCAAGGGUAUCGGUAGCAGUAUUGGGUCAAGUCAGACUCAAGGCACAAAGCUGGACAUUCGUCUGGAUGCACUGUCAACUCUCCAGCCUGGCGUCACCUCUACUCCUAACAAACCCUCACCCACCAAUCCUCUCACUGACGACACCUACUUCAGGCGUGCAAUGGAAAAGGAAAAUUUAUUAAGAAAGUGUUCCCCGCUCCAAAAUGGCAAGACUUUACCGUCAAUUGUUACUAAACUGGAUUUAACAGAUGAUAGUGAUGAGGAACCAGAGAUUGAGGCAAACAUAAGUUCCAGUACUGGGGAAAUGAACAGUACAGGGAUGACCCGAAAUUCACGGGAAGUAACUCACAAUACAAGGGAGGCAAUCCACAACUCAAGGGAAGUAACUCACAACACACGAUAUCUGGAGCUAGACAGUACCAUGCCAACCGAUCAUUUGAUGUCAAAUGGACGAGAUGCAGGACAGCAGAUAAGUCGUCUACCUAGGGACAUUUUCGACAUUGGGAGACAGGACAUGAUGUUCAGGAAUGAGAGUAACUAUUCUGAUGAGUAUGAUUCAAGUAGUGGGAACUCUGUGGAGCUGAGCAGUACGGCUGAGUUGCUGAGUGCGCGAGUGGAUGUGCUGAACUUAUCUGGCCGGGACCAGGAUGCUGAGUCCAGCAGAGAUAGUGUUGUGUCGGACCAGAUGAACAUGUCAAGUCCUGUGAGAAUGACAGUGGAUCAAGGAAGUUGUUGUGAUCCUGAUUAUAUACCCAAGUGUUCGCCAGUAGUGUCAGGAGAUACCAGUUUAGAGUGUUCACCGGAGACAGAGCGACCUCUUGCUCAUGACAUUCUGUCACCAUUACCUCGAUUCCCGGUGCUGGAGAAUUCUCGAGGAAGUGUAUAUUCUCCAGACCUCCGACCAGAGGACUCAAGUGGCUUCAGGCAGUAUACUGAAUAUUCAUCUCUCAACCUCACAGACUCUAAUCUCUCUGAUGACACCUUCUCAUCCUCUGAUAGUGACAUCUCUGAUGAUGAUGAGGAAGAAGAGAAUGACUCCAGUCCUGUCAAACGGUUGCCUGGCAACCAGAGACAAGCGAGACAGCCACGUGACAACAAAAUGAUUAUUCCUGAAGGAAGUUAUGCUGGUGUAUUUCAACACCAUGACGGCUCCAACAUAGGGAUAAUAUUCCAGGUGAAGCAAGUACAGACGGAGGGUGGAGAACAUGUGUAUUGUCUGUGGGUGUCACGAGAUCCAGGGGACCAUCCCGAUCCACUACACUCCUACACUAACCUCACUCUGGCCUCCAGCUUCAACAGUACACUGGACCAGUCAGUCGGGGAGUGUCUCACCGACUCCCGGCUAGAGGAAAGAGAGGAUGAAGAAGAGGAGGAGGAUGCUAGUGACCAGCAAGAUGACGACACAGAAGGAAUGGAAUACAAUCUGUCUUCAGGACAGGGAUUAUAUGAUAUCAAAUAUGAGACUCUUUCCUCCAUAGGCAAGGGAGCAUUUGGUUUUGUGAAACUAGCAUGUCGCCGCACAGACAAUAAGCAAGCUGUUGUAAAGUUCAUCAAGAAAAAGAAAGUGUUGACUGAGUGCUGGACAGUGGACAGGGAGUGGGGCCGUAUCCCUCUGGAGGUCAGCCUCCUCACCAAGCUUGACCAUCCAAACAUUGUCAGGGUGGUGGAUGUGUUUGAGAAUGAGGACUUUGUACAAAUGGUAAUGGAGAAGCAUGGAAGUGGGAUGGACCUGUUUGAGUUUAUUGACCGCAGUCCUCUGAUGGAUGAGAGUCUGGCCAGCUACAUCUUCAGACAGAUGGUGUCUGCGGUAGCCUACCUGCACAGCCAUCAAAUUCUGCAUCGUGACAUCAAGGAUGAAAAUAUUAUCCUGGAUGAACACUUUGGCAUCAAGCUGAUAGAUUUUGGUGCGGCUGCCUACCUUAACAAAGACAAACUAUUUGGCACAUUCUGUGGUACACUUGAGUACUGUAGCCCGGAAGUUCUCAUGGGCAACAAGUACCGUGGACCUGAGCUGGAGAUGUGGUCCCUAGGUGUGACACUGUAUACCCUAGUGUUUGGAGAAAACCCAUUCUUUGAUGUGGAUGAGACCAUCCAGUGUAUUCUCAAGCCACCAUUUUCUGUUUCUAAUUCUCUCAUGUACCUCCUCAUGUGGCUGCUCCAUCCGGAGCCACUGAAGCGUGCCAAGAUCUCCGAUUUGAAGAAUGAUAAGUGGAUUAACCAACCGAUGGACAUCAGCCAGUACAAAUGGAGUGAGGUUUUGCCUAACUCAGAAUUUCACGGGAACACGGCCGCCGAUAAUAGGAUAGACUCUCCGGACUCCAAGGCUGACCAACAGAGAUGGUCAAGGACAAAUGGGGUUCCCUGUUCCCACUGAUCCCUGCUGAGCUCUCGAGAACUACAGAAGACACAUCUAGUACUAUUGCCUGCCAAGUUGAUAUUAUCAGACCUCCAUUAACUAUAAAUCAGUAUAUGGUUGUUUGUACAUUGAUGUAUAUAACAUUGUACAUGUGUAUAUAUCUGUAUAUAUCAUUAUUUAUACUUUUAUAAUUAUUUAGGGUAUAGACUUAUAGAGGGCACUUAAUGGUGGUGCCCUGGUUGCUAUAAAACCAUCGGAACACUGAAUUUUAUGCCAUUGGUUGUGAUACGGACAUUUAUAGGAUGCACAUCGCUGCUAGUCAUAUAUGCAAUAUUUAGAUAUACCAAUCAACAGCAUUAGCUUGUGUCUGUUCUACUGUGUGAAUGUGUGCGAGGUGUCUGGGUGUUCGUUAGGAUGUGUAUCCCCACGUGUGGUGAGGGUGCGCUGUGAGAGGAGAUGCACAUGUAAGGGUGUGUUCAUGUGUAACACACAUUGAAGAGUGUGACUGAACUGACCAAUGACCAUGCAAUACAAUAUAAGGUUAAAGGUCGGUGACUGAAGACAUACUCAUUUUAUACCUAAUAGUAUCAUGACACUAUAAUAAAACAUAGGUUUUAUCAAAACUGAA